UGCCAUGGCCAUUGUUGGCGCUUUGAAGAAAACAAUGGCGUCUCCCCCUUGGCGCAAUCUCUUCAGUCGUCGCAUGUCCUCGUUUUUCUUCGACCCCCCUCCUCCUCUUCGUUCUCGCAGAGUCGUCGUCACUGGGUUGGGCAUGGUGACGCCAUUGGGCUGCGGAGUGGAGACGACGUGGAAGAGACUCAUAGAAGGCGAGUGCGGCAUAAGGGCACUGACCCAUCAAGAUAUCAAGAUGAACGGCUUUGAUUCAGACACCCAAUCGUACACCUUCGACCAGCUCACCUCCAAAGUUGCUGCAAUCGUACCCUGUGGAACCGAACCAGGUGAAUUCAACGAGGAACUGUGGCUCAAUUCCAAGGAUCAUCGUUCAAUGGCGAGAUUUAUUGGGUAUGCAAUGUGUGCUGCUGAAGAAGCACUUAAAGAUGCUAAUUGGAUGCCUACUGAGCCCGAAGAGAGGGAAAGAACGGGUGUCUCAGUUGGUGGGGGAACUGGAAGUAUCAGUGACAUAUUGGAUGCUGCACAAAUGAUUUGUGAGAAGCGUAUUCGACGUCUUAGUCCUUUCUUCAUUCCUCGGAUACUAAUCAACAUGGCAUCUGGUCAUAUCAGCAUGAAAUAUGGAUUUCAGGGACCAAAUCAUGCUGCAGUAACAGCUUGUGCUACUGGAGCACAUUCUCUGGGUGAUGCCACAAGGAUGAUUCAGUUUGGAGAUUCAGAUGUUAUGGUGGCUGGAGGCACAGAGUCUAGCAUUGAUGCUUUAUCAAUAGCAGGAUUUUGCAAGUCAAGGGCCUUGACCACGAAAUACAAUUCCUCCCCACAAGAAGCAUCACGACCUUUUGACUGUGGUCGGGAUGGGUUUGUAAUCGGUGAAGGUUCUGGUGUUGUGGUUUUGGAGGAGCUUGAGCAUGCAAAGAAUCGAGGAGCAAAAAUAUAUGCAGAAAUUCGUGGUUAUGGCAUGUCAGGUGAUGCGUAUCAUAUUACUCAACCACAUACUGAUGGAAGAGGUGCCAUUCUGGCCAUGACACAUGCCCUUAGACAGUCAGGCCUUCAUCCUAAACAAGUGGAUUAUGUAAAUGCACAUGCUACGUCGACACCUUUGGGUGAUGCAAUAGAAGCCAAUGCUAUCAAAACCAUUUUCUCUGACCAUGUGACAUCAGGUGCUUUAGCAUUGUCCUCCACCAAGGGAGCUGUUGGUCAUCUCCUUGGUGCGGCUGGAGCUGUUGAAGCAAUAUUUUCUAUUUUGGCCAUACACCAUGGAAUUGCACCACCAACGCUUAAUCUGUCACAACCAGAUCCAGUAUUUAAGGAUGCUUUCAUGCCUCUGACAACUUCAAAGACCAUGCCAAUAAGAGCAGCUUUGUCAAACUCUUUUGGCUUCGGAGGAACAAAUGCAUCCCUGUUGUUUACAUCUGCUCCUUGACAAAAUGGUUGACAAAAUGGUUGACAACAUAUCUUCACUAACAGAACCGACAGUGAGGAGGAACUGUGAUGAACGGAAAUAAGUGAAAUAUUUUGCUCGGACAAACAGAAUGUCGGGGGAUCGACUGUAAACGGCCGCCAGACGGAGGAGACGUAGCCCCGUGCCCCUGCCACGGACUAUCGUUGUUUUCUCUUGCUGCUUGGCUACGCCGGCUAGUGUGUUUUCUCUCAUGUAUUAUUCUCUCCCCUUAGAGUUUAAUUUCAUGUCCUUAAUACUUGUUGGGUAACUGAAUAAGCUAUAACGGGCACAUAGAAAUCAUGAGAGCGCUUUUUUUCUCACUGACAA